CGAGCCACAGAAAUAACUAACAGAACAGAACAGAAUCGAAUCCGGUUGCCGGUCCACAUCAACGCCUAAAAGCUUUCAGCCCCAAAUAAACUAUACAAAUUAAACAAAUUAUUAGCUUGUGAGCAGCGAGAAACAGAACAAAAAUGAAGCUGUUGUUCGGUUUGCUGAUGACCGUGCUAGCCCUUAGCGGAGUUUUCACAUUGCCAGCUCGCAGCGACCCGCAGGACGAUGCAGAGGAAAUUAAAGUACCAUCACGCCUUCAGCCCGAAUCGGAUUUCCAUAACUUCCACGGCGUCAUCGAUACCGGCUCUGGUUAUCCCUUCCUUCAGCCGAAUCCUUCGUCCUUUAAUGUGGGCUUCUUCGACUCCUUCGAUGAUCUCUUCCGCCGUCUGCGCACCCGUCUCUGGCCUGUGAUUGGCAGCGAUUCUGGUGAGAAUGGCGCUCGUCCGACUGGCGACUCUGACGAUUCCAGUGACGGCAGUGGAGCAGGCUUUUCAUUCGGAGUGCGUCCUUUGAUUCCGCUGGAUUCCAAGAACGGCAACACUACCUCCACCAUUAAGGUUGUCGAUGGCCAUAAGGUUGAGAUCAACGAGACGGUGUAUGGUGAUAGCAACAGCGUUUUCAAGGUCCGCUUGGUGAACGUGCGUCCUCUGGAGAGCGGCGAGGAGGUGGCCCAGGGAGUGCACACCAGUGGAGGUGGCUUCCAGCCGGUGUUGAAUCCCGUCACCUCUGCCCCACCCAAGAAGGUGGAGGAGGCCGACGAGGAGGACGAGGACGAUCGCCGCGAGCCGCUGGAGAAGCAGACGGAGGAUAACGAGGUGCGCGACAUUGAUGAGCCCCAGUCCACAACACCAACAACCACAAGUUAUACCACAAAUCCUCACACCAGCUCACCCAUAGACUCCGAAUUCGAAGCAUCCGAUAUCAGUGAGGAUAUAGCGGAGUCCCUACCGAAAGAACAAAAGAACACCAUGGAUCAGCUGCAGCAAAUGAUGGAAGCCGUGCAAAAGGAGAUCACCCAUGAGGAGGAACUGGAGCAGGAGCACGAGGACAAGGAGUACUUGGAGAAGAAAGAGAAGAAGGAGCGCGAAGAAUUCAAUUCCUCGGACGAUGAGGACGCCGAGUCUACAACUCCGGUCGUGAUGAGCGACACCUUCAACGAUGAGUGGGCCGAAUUCGAUCAGGAUCAAGAGCGAGAUCACGAGACUGAGGAUCAGGAGCCCGAAUUGGACAUUGAAAACGAUCUGAACAACGAGAUCGAUAUCGAGGAGAACUUUGUGCCCAUUGACCUAUCCAACGAUAUAGCCGUCAACGAUGUGGCUGCCGCAGAUCCCCAUUUUCCCAUUAACACCGAUGCCGAGUUCAUUGUGCACCCAGCUGUGGUUAGAACUAUGCCCAUGUUCGAAAAGCUUUCUUUAGGAGAGCCUGCGAAAUGAGGAUUCUGAAUCCCAAAUAGUCUAGGCAUGUUCUUUAAUCUUAACUCCAUAGCUUGUAAACCUAAAGCAAUGAUAUCUCUGAGAGAUGGCCGGCACUCACUUCAUCCUUAAUUUAUCUUAUUUAUUUUCACAGAGAACGAGUAUUAUGUGUGCAAAGUGGCAUUGGAAAUUAUUUAUUGUUAAAGUACCAGAAAUCAAAAAUAAAUUUAUUAAUAUAAAUAAGCCUUUCGAGAAUAGGUUAAAUUUAUAAUGAAGUGAAAUAAAAUAUAAAUUAUAAAAAUGAACGCCCUUAAUAUGAAAAUUUCAGCUGAGCAGAUUAUUCCAUCUUGAUAUGGUCUUGAUUCAAUCUGAACAAAUUAAUUGAUUAACCAAUUUUACCCAGAGCUCACAAAGCUUUAAAAAAUGUGCAGCAUAUUUUCAGGCUUUUGGUGGAGAUUUCAGUGGUUUAAAUUGAAUACGAAUACGGGCAUAAAAUGCUUGAUAGGCAUUAUAUGCCUCAUUAGUUUUCACUGCAUUAAAUAAAAACACUAGUUAAUUAUUUUUUCCGUACUAUGCAUCGGGGUAAUUAAUUGUGGUCAACUUAUGGUUAACUUAAUUGCCUGUUAUUCUUUUGUCAAAGAGCUUAUUAAUUGCUGAAUUAUAGCCUCGGAAAAUUAUCCGAAAAAUCAUCCGAUUGUCCUUGCAAAUGACCAAUUCCUUGCAUAUUGAAAUGAUCUGAGAAUAGUGAAUAUAUGGAAAAUCAAGGUAUAUCACUCUUGACUCAAUCAAGAAAUACAUAUUAAUAUUCCAUCAAACUAAAUUCUUUGAACCGUUUGAACAAAAAGAAUAAGAGUCUAUAUAGGAUGCCAUUGUGCUUUGAAAAUGUCAGUACUUUUUGAAAAUAAUUGCACGAAUAAAGCGAAAUUGAAGCGUGAA